UCAAUAGAGACAAUUUGGUUAUUUGAAGCUCUGGUCUUCUCAGCCUAAUAGACUGGAUUUGAGACUUCCGAAAUAAUAUUUCCAACAUAUACAACAGUAUGAGUCCCAAACAGAUGCCUGAGAAGUGGACAUGUUCUUAUAUGAGCAAAGAAACGGAUGCAGACUUUCGGCCCAUAUACUUGAAAGCGAUACCUCGACCUAAAAUCACCCAUGGAUCACAGGAUGCGUGGUCACGCUUAUACUCUACUCCAACUGUUUCGGCCCUCAAGCGUUGCAACCCCGAACGUCGACCUUUCAGAGAUUCUCUCGACUUAUGGCUGGGCUCGACCUGCAAUCAGUUUGCGGAUUUUCCAAUCACCAAAAUGGAUGCAGUGCGACAAGCACUGACCUCACAGAAACGGUGUUUCUGCAAACCAUCACCAGUGAUAAUUGAAAGACCUUUUGACCACCCUCUUCGGAUAGCUCCUUUAUGUGAAUCGCCGACGAACAUCAACUACAUGAAACUGGCAAUAGAAUGUCCACACACAUCUCAAACGAACAAUGGAUAUUCCAGAAAAUUCGAAAAUGGGAACUUCUACCGAUCUUAAAAGAUGAAUACAGAAUGAAGAACUUCACGUAAAGCAUAUUGUAGAAGAAAAUAACAACAUGUCAGAGAAAAUAAAUGCAAUAAUAUGAUAAUCAAAGACAAACUUACAACUGGCUUGAGUACUCCAUAAACAUUUCAAAUAAAUUUCUAUAUCUCUAACACGUUUUUGAGAAUUU